CAAAUGUGAAAUUGAUUACUUUUUUUAAAUUCAAAAAUAUGAAAUUGAUUACUUUUUAAAAUUAUUUUAAUGUAGGACGUGUUCGAAAGUUAUAAAAGUUUCGUGUGAUUUCUUUUUUUUUUUAUUAAAUAAUAUGGAAAAUCAUUUAAUCUUAUCUACGAUUUUGAAAUGUUUAUUUGAUAUAAAUCUUUACAAUUGUUUUGCAAUUUAAAUAUUAGUUAUGCAUGAACAAGCUGGCUAUCAGCCAUCUGCAGCUAUACAACCACCUUCUUACUCAGAAAUACCUGGAACAGUUCCUCUUCAUCAAGGAAGAGAAAGUGGUCCACCACCAUCAUACGACGAUGUCGUGAAUCCAGAAGCCCCACCACCAUCUUAUCAGUCAUUAUUUGGACAAGUUCGAGAAGCAAGAAAAAAUUCCAGCAGUUUUCUAGACUUUGUUCGGAAGGUCAUCAUUCUAAUUUUAGGCACACUUAGCUGUACUAUUAUUCUUGGUGUUACAGUUGUCAUUCCCUUUAUUAUGAUUGUAAUUGGUACAAGCUAUUUAAAAGACUGUCCUGUGGAAGAGUUUAUUCCCAUAUAUCUCGUUGUUGGUGGAGUGUUUGGUGUUGUGAAAAAUUUAUUAAACUUUUGGGGUCGUUGUCGUAAGAGUACAGAAGAUACAGAAGAGCAGUUAAGGCAAAAACCAUAUGAUGCUAUUCUUAAUUGUUUUUUAUUUGCUUGGUUUAUUGCAGGUUGUGUUUGGAUUUAUAGAGUAUAUGAACCUGAGUAUGAGGACACCAGCAGUUCAUUCUAUUGUAAUAAGACACUCUAUCUCUUUGCAUUUUGGCUGGUUACUUCCUUUUUUAUAAUCCUCGGCUUAAUUAUCGGCUUUUUGUGUUGUCUGACCGUUUCUUCCAUUCUCGGCAGUCCCGAAUGAAAAAUUUCUUAUUUUUGCAAAACAAAAUUUUAUAUAUAUUGAUAUAUAAAAACAAGAACUUUAUUUUGCUCAUUUUUACAGAGCAUAUUAAUUUGUGUUUAAUAGAUAUCAUAUUUAUGUUUAAAAAAAAAAAUUUAUUGUGAAGUGCUCUUAAGUUGUGCUACAAACUUUGAAUGCGCAGUUAAGUAUGUUAUUUUUAACAACUAUGCACACAUCUUGUAAUAUAAAAUAAAAAUGAUACUACAUAUGAUAUUGUAUAUAAUAUAAAAUUUAAAAACCAAGAAUUUUAUUCUGCAUACAUUCAAGUGUAAAAUAUUUAAAUGCUUUUCAAAAAUUUGUUAAUGAACCAUAACAUAUUUAUUUUUUGAGUUCUGCAAUGUUUUAUAGUUAUAAAUAUUCUAUUUUGUAUACAAUAAGUAAAAUAUGAUCAAGUGUUGGCCAAAAUUUAUAACAUUUUUCAUGUAAAUUCAUGUUUUCGAAUGUAAAAAAACAGAACGUAAACAUCAUUAUAAAUUAAACUAUUAGCCAAAGUACAAUUUGAAUAUACUAGGACAUAAAUGUUUUGUAAUACCACUUGUUGAUACUUCUUGUUGUGGGGUUUUCAAGUAAUUGGCAAUACAAUCCAUACAGUUCUUCAUCUAGGAGCAUCAUUUUCAGUUUGGGAAGUUCAUCCUUUCAAUGUGGAGAACUGCAAAUGUAUUUUUAUGUUUUAAAUUAUUACUUUUAUGUUGUUUAUAACAUUGGAAAAGAUUAUCUUUUAGAUAUUAAACUAGUUGAAAGGUGAAUUGCCAAUUGCCAGAAAAUCUCUUAGCAAGAAUCAAAAUUUAAUUACCAGAAAAAGUAUAGGAUGCCAAACAGUUUGAAAACUAUUAAAUUAUAUUUUUACAAUUCUUAUGAUUAACAUAAAAUAGUUAGUUAAUUAAAAUCUGUAUAAGGAUCUUUAUCAUUUUAAGCAAUUUAAUAUGAAAUAAAAUCAUGUAUUAUUAAAAUUUCACAGCUCUAAUUGGAGAGUAACAGUUGUUGAUUUGAAAAUGAAAGCUUUCUGAAUUUACAGCAUAAAAUUCUAAAGUAUAAAUAUUCAUACCAUAUAAUCUGGAAAAAAUCAAUAUUCAUCUUCCAAAAUCAAAUAAAAAAAGAAAUAUUUUUUCAAUGAAGUUGAGGAAUAUUUUUAUAGAAUGUCCUUUGU